AUGGCAACGUCUAUGUCAAUGAAUUGUUUGAUUUCACCAGAACCAUUAUUAGAACAAUUUAAUUGCCCAAUAUGUCUAAAUAUAAUGAAAGAUGUUUGGGUGACAACAUGUUUUCAUCGUUUUUGUGAAGAGUGUAUUAAAGAAUCUAUUAACACAAAUCAUCGAUGUCCAUUGUGUAAUAAAGAUUUACAACAAGAUAACAUUCAACGUGAUGCUCAAUACAAUACAUUACUUGAAACUAUUGACAAGGCUAUUCAAGAUGCUGAAGGAGAAAAAGCAAAAUCAUUUGCUAAUCAAAUUGUCACGCAAAUCGGUGAUAAUUCUGUACGAGGAAUUCUUGAAGAACUUUUUCGUGAUACACUUGUAACUUCAUUGGCAAAUCAUUUAACAAGUGAAAAUGAUAUGCGAAGUCGAUAUAAACGUAAAAAAGCUGAUAUUGAAUCAGCAUAUAAUCGAGCUAUAGUUGAACUUCAAGAAAAAAAAUUAUCAAAAGAAGAAUAUAAAAAACAACUUGAUGAAAAAACUGAUCAAUUUCGUCGAGAAAUAAAUGCACUUGACGAAGAAAUCCGUAAUGUUCAAAUACUUUUUAUUCAAGCAUAUAAAAAUCAUCUUGCAGAACAUGUAUCAAACUUUGGUGCUGUUUCAACACAGGUUCGAGUUACAUUGUGGAAAGAAGAUCAUUUAUAUAUGAAUAAAGAUAAACAAUUUCCAAUAAAAUUAAUGCGUCCUGAAGAUCGAAUGGAAAUAUUAUUACCAAUAUUAGAUGAACUUGUACAAUUACGUAAUGAUAAAAUAUUAAAAUUGGGUGAUACAAUACUCUUCACUUGUAUUAAUCCAUUUGAGGAUCUAUCUGAACAAUCAGUAAUAAGACGACUUCAAAAAAUGGACACAGAUGAUGAUGAUAAUGAUAAUAGUAUAUUAACUGUAUCACGUAAUUGUCGACCUAUCUUAGAACAUAAAAUAUUACGAGGAACACUUGUAAUUAUUCAUGGUGAUGUUAUAUUAGAUAGUGAAGUACCAAAACAAUGUUUUAUACAAGUUUAUAAUGAAAAUCCACACCAAGAACAUCUAGUUGAUUAUUUUGAAUGUAAACAAUGUUUAAGAAAUGGACAACCAAUAAGAUGGAUUUGUAGAUCUUGUGCAGCUGUUUGUCAUAAAAAUCAUGGUGUUACUCCAUUAAUAUUUGAGAACAAAGCUCGUGGACCAAAAUGUGAUUGUCGAAAAAAGAAUUGUCAUAUAUAUCCACGAAAUUGA